GCAUUACUUGUAUUUUUCCAUAUUAUCGAAAUGGUGUGAGGUUGUUCGCAAUCCGGUGUAGCUGCAGACUGUGAAUUUCAUCAGCUUUUCGUCUAAAAACCAUUAAAUCAAAUACACAGUUUGUGGCAUUUCAAUUUUUAAACAUUUGAUCUUCUUCUUGGUUCUUGUGUUGACUCAAAUAUGGCGGUUGUUCCAGUGGACUACGGGUUCAGCUGUCUGCUGCCUUAAAUCCAUAUUUUGUCUAAGCACCAUGUGAGCAGACAGACAGGAAAGUGUGAGUCAAGACUGCACCGGCUCCAGAACCAUUUGGUUACGGGUCAGUAACCAGCAGCACAGGAACAAGGUGGCUGUGGUGUCUUCUUCCAUUUUGAGAAGCGGACUAAUGGAGAGCGACUGUCGGAUCCCAGUUGCUUGUUGUCGACCCCGGGUGCUCCUCCUCCAUGCUUUGUUCUGGGGCCUCGUCUCACUCAGAGUGUUCGGAGCAGCUCUGCUGAGUGAAGAGAAAACCACAGCUGCUUUAAAGCUGGGCGCCCUCCCCUGCUGGUUAACGGAGGAGUUUGUGGUGUUGGAGGAGUGCGUUCGCUGCAGCGACUUCCACUCUAAGGCGCGGUCCGCCUGCAGCCAGACGGGAUACGUCGAAAGAGUCAACUGCACCAAGACUGUCAAGGAGGAGUACAAAAGCUGUCGCUCUGCUCUGAUGGAGGAACAUCUCUUCUGGAAGUUCGAGGCAGCCAUGUUGGCUUUGACGGCUCUCUUUGCCGUCCUGGUGGUCAUUCGUCAGCGCCAGCUGGAUCGCCUGGCUUCUGAAAAGGUCCGCCGCCAGAUUGAAUCCAUCUAGGAUGGGGACCUUCUCUAGUUUUUAUCAUACAGCAGUAAUUUUAACAGCUGGUGGUUCUGAGGUGAACCCAAGUUUUGAGACUGCACCAAGAUUGACCAGGAUGGAAUCCAAACCUGCCAGAAAAUGGACUGGUCUACAUGAACUGUAUUUAUAAAAAAAAUGGCGAGGGGGCAGAAGGAUGUUUGAGCCUCUCAGCUCAGUUCCUCUUGGAAGAAGUUUCAUCUUCACCAGCGUCAUCACUUCCUGCUAAAACACUAAAACCAGAAAUGUUCAAACUCAGCACGACGACAGACUUUAAAGUAUAUUUUAAUGCACAGAGUUUAUAGAGAGAGAUAAAAGUCAAUUAAAACAUUGAAAUUGGAGAUGAUCAGAUUUUUAAAAAAAGGACCUGGACUGAGUGAAAAUAAGUGAAACUGAAAUAUUUCAGAAACACUUCAGGUUCACUUAUUGGAGCCAAAAUGUUGAUUAUAUCCUCAAUCUGAUCUGGAACAUUCCCAAAGGACCUCAGUUCUGUAGGAAGUACAUGAUAGUGAAGUUUUUCCUCCCUUUAAUGGACAAAGUUUAAAUUUAUUUUGAUGUUAAAACACAAAGAUUGUUUGACAAUGUGGAGGAAGUGUUUAUUAUGAAUAAGCCAAAAACAACUCAAGAUGUUUUAAAUCUCCCUGGUUGGUCCACAUCACUCCUGGCUGAUCUCUAAUUGGCUGCUGCACCAAACUAAAUGGAAGCAGGACAGAAACCUCCAGUUUAACAAGUGAGAAUCUGAAACCCAGCUGUGACAUCAUCCGCUUCUCUGUCCAAAGUGUUUCUGACUUUCAGCUGUGAAUUUUUUUCCUCUUGUCAUCGAAAAGGUUUCAUCAGCAGACGCCGUUCCGAUGAUUUUAUUGUAAAUAAUAGUUUGGUUUAUUUUUGUUUCUCUGUGAAGUUUCUGACAAAAUAAACUGAAGCGAAACAUUUUG